CCCUUAUUCUGUCAUCUGACCUGCUCCUGUCAGCUUUUUACCCGAAUCAUCAACUGAUAGAACAAAAAGAAGAGGAAGAGAGGAAGAGGAGGAGGAGAAAAGCAUGUAACAAACAGAAACUGCACUUUGCACCAGCAUUGUGAAAGAGUCAAACAGGAAGAAACAACAGCAGGCCAAGUAAACAGAUUCAAGUUCCACUUUUAAGAUGGAAAUGUGCAAUGCAGGGUUGGGUUAGUGUAUGUAUAACUUCUCUCAGCCUUCUUAGAGGUCAGAUAUUGAUCUGGUCAACAGGUGUUUGACAUUAUUAUUAUUAUUUUUUAUUAUUUUGCAGUGUCAAAGUCUGUAAGGUCUCUCAGUUAAACCUUCACGCUGGAGCUUCAGAAGCCUUUCCACUCUGCCAAGAUCUUACAUAUGGAUUAAACACGGUUUAGUUCUAUUUAUUUAUUUGAAGCCCCUCCCACCGGAUGAUGUCACCAAGCACGUGACCAAAAACUAGGUCUUUUAGAGAAGGAUGAGACGAGAGGCAGGAAGUUACUGAAGAUUUAAAACUGAGUUUAACCGUAUUUUCUGCAAGUUGUUGUCUUACUCAUCCUGCUGUGGUCGUCCCAGACCUAAACAGGGAUGUGGAGGAAGAUGAAACCAGCUUGUCCAGGACGGGGAACUACAGUACAUAAUCCUGCUGACAGCAAGAUAGGAAUCUAUUGAUGACAUGAAUGAGGAGAGACGCGUUCACCAGAGAUGCCUCAGCUCCUGUUCCUGCUGAUCCUCCUAGUGCCACUAGGGGGCGACACUUCACCAAUCAGCUGCUACAACGACAAAGGAGAUGCAGUUGACUGGUUCUAUAUGUACAAGCUGCCUAAAGAACACGGCAGAACAUCCCCCUAUCGGGGUGAAAUGUAUUUACUGCUGGAAAAGGGGAGUGAAGGCUGGACUAAUGGCAGUGGGACAGUGAAUGACACCACUGGAGCUCUGGGCAGGACAGUUGGACAGCUGUACUCACAAGGAAAGAGCACAGAGCUGGCGUACAUCCUUUACAAUGACCAGCGUCCUCCUGUGGACUUUGGGGACAGAUGGGUUGACAACAGUGGAAGCAGAAGCGGGCACACAAAAGGUGUUGUCUUGCUGGAUAAGAAUCAGGGCUUCUGGCUGGUCCACAGCACCCCUCACUUCCCUCCGGUGCGACAGGCUGGGCAGUAUUAUUACCCCAGCAGCGGUGUGACCAACGGACAAAACUUCAUCUGCGUUACCUACCCGCUCGAGCGCUUCCAGACCAUCGGAGAGCAGCUUCAGAUCAAUCAGCCUAAUGUGUACGACUGCGACGUCCCAGAGUCCUUGGCGUCCCUGGUGCCGGCGUUGGCUGCUGUCUGUGAGAAAAAACAUCCGCCUGGUCAAAUCUUUCCACAUGUCAAAACUGCGUCCAACCGCAGUGUGACUCUGACCUCAAAGGACGGCACCGACUUCAUCAGCUUUGCCAAAGGAGCUUCUUUUGACAACGACCUGUACCACUCCUGGGUGGCUCCCACGCUCAAGUCAGACCUCCUGGUCCAGUUCUGGGUUCGCUCCACAGGCAUUCUGCCCUCCGACUGUUCGCUGGGCUGGAAGGUCCUGGACAUCACGCUCAUCAACCCGGGGCAGACGUUCACUUUCAAGGCCAGCCAGGACCACUCCAAGUGGGCUGUCAGCCCCCGGUCGGCCACGUCGGGGCCCGGAGGAGGCUGGGUCUGUGUGGGAGACAUAAACCGGAACGAGGCAGAGGAGAAGCGUGGCGGCGGCACGGUGUGUCUGCGUGACCCGGCGGUGUGGAAAGCUUACAGGACGGCGGCACUAAAGUGUGAGGCUUGUGGAGGAGGAACAAUCCAGUGUUGACACCAUGCAGGAGCCACAUGGCUGAAUCAAAGAUAGGGUUGAUAGGGGUGAUCUGGCACGUUGGCAAGUGUUUGAACAUAUUCGGUACAACGUUUAUCUUUCUUUUAAUGUGUUGAAAUCAAACUGAAGUGACUUAUGUUUAGCAAUUAAAGUUCAUCUUUGCUCCAGUUGUCCAACUUAUAUGGCAGAAAAUGGUGCUUAAAUGUAGGACCCCAUCACUCACAGUAAGAAACUGACUGAGAAAAUAUAUUUUUGAGGCCUCUGAGGCAGCAUUUCACUUGUGCAGAAUGAUUAUCGACUGUUAUCGAGGGCUGUUACAUCCUCCUCUCCAGACUUAAUGCAUGCAGAACAAGGCUGGACGAGUGGAAGUAGUCAACUCUGAAAGGAAGCUGAGGGCUUUUUGGGAAAUAUGGUGUUCAUUUUAAAAAACACAAAAGCCUCCUCUGUAAAUGAAAGCAUUUGCUCAAGUGUCUUUGUAACCACUGGGUAAUGUUUUAACUGUUCUGAGGGGACCGUGUUGGAAACUAACUUGAUCUGUUUCUGUUUAAAUCAACAUUAACCGGUUUGUGGGUUUGUUCUGAGGGAGCGCGUCAGAAGCUGCUGGUUGAAAAUGUAUGGAAAUGGAUUUGCUGUAACGUUAGCCGAGACAUUAAUUGAUUAUUUGCAGCGUGCAACAGCACAUGCACCCAUUUCACUAACAAUAUUAAACUAAAGACACUGACAACAUGCAGGCGUGAGGAAUGCGUUAAUACUCUGUGCUUCCUGGAUGUUUGGGCUAUUAACUGGCUUUGUAUGAUUUUCUGUGAAUUAAAAUCUGCUUUUCUGACAUCUCCAGAACUCUUUUUUUUGUUAUUUGCCUUUGAUGUUAUAGCUGUAUCACGUUUGUACAAACAUACAUUCAUCCUGACCUUGGUUUUGGUGGAAGAUAAAGAGGCUGGCUAUCUUGAAUCUGAAUAAAAAGACAAAAACAGAGCUGCAA